AUGAAUUUCCCAAUUGUCUUCUUCCUUUUACUAUCCAUUGUCUCACUUAUUAUGACUAUGCCUAUCAAUUAUGGUGCAUCACUGAACGCUGUACACUCCGAUGAUCUGAGUGCCGAGGAUUAUAAUGUGUUGAGGAAGAAUGAGACGAGGAUUGAACGAAUCCACAAACUGCAACAUUUCUUCAAUGAAGACCGCCACGAGUCGACUUGGACAUGGCGGGACACAAUUUGUGGUGCAUUCCACUCGCUUUCACUGUUCCCACCGAAUUGUUUCAAGGAGGAAUAA